AUGAAGCUCAGCAUCUGCCUCGUGCUGCUCUCUGUUGCUGCGUGUGCAAGCGCCGACAACCCCUUCUCCAGGGCUGGAAAGUUUGUCCGGGAUGCGGUGGGAGGCGCAGGGGACAUGUUCAGAGCCUACCAAGACAUGCGUGAGGCGAAUUAUGUAGGAGCGGACAAAUACUUCCAUGCCCGGGGGAACUACGAUGCUGCCAAAAGAGGCCCUGGGGGUGCUUGGGCUGCCAAAGUGAUCAGUGACGCCCGGGAGUUCUGGCAAGGCGGCGUGAGCGGCCGCGGCGCUGAGGACACGGCAGCCGACCAGGAGGCCAACAAGUGGGGCCGGAGCGGCGGGGACCCCAACCGCUACCGC